GGGCCGAUGUUUGCGAUCUGUCUCGAUAGUUCCUGUGGGCUCCGGCAGCUGGCACGCGGCCCACCCGCGAUACGAACGAUCGAUGCGGCACUCGUCUGCGAGCGCGAAACUGAAGUCUGCGAGCUUCGCCAUCCGCAGCUGCGGUCUGUGACUCCUCCGGUCGGGUGGCGCACUAAGCAGUUACACAAGAAAGUGUGUCCUUCAAAGUGAUUGUGCAUCAUGCUCGGUCCGUGGGAUGGUGUCCUUGCGCAGCGCUUCCGAUUAGGAGAGCGUACCCGCGAACGAUGUUUCAAUCUGGGUGGCGAUUUGUAGACGAGGACAGGCCUGAGCAGCCACCGUGUUUGGCGAGAACGGAACGAGAGUGGUGAUCGAUUCCGAGCUCGGCAAGAGACAAGGCAUCUUCUGUCAUCGAUCGGCACCGCGGAGACCAAGAUGGCGGACAACCUGCCCGUGGUGAGUGCUGGGGCGGCGGUCGUUGCUGUGUUCUUCGCCUGGCUCGUCAUCAUGUCGGGGGACAUCGACGCCAGCGUGGCGAAGAAAGAAGGCGGUGUGAAGAAGAUGGACAUGAGGGGCAGGCAAUCCGACGGAAACCUGAAGUACUGCUCCUUCUUCAACAACCGGGCACCGGAAGUGCAGCGCGGUCUGAAGAACUGCACCUGGUUCAAAGAGAGUAGCUGCUGCCGCCAGGAGGAGAUUGAUGCCACCUUCGGGCGCGUGAAGCCGCUGAGAGGAGCGUCGCCAGAAUGUCAAAGAUACACCAACUACCUAAUGUGCUACAUCUGUUCCCCCGACCAAUCCCUUUUCUACCUUAUGGAGAGCCUGACAGUGUGCGAGGAAUUUUGCAACGCCUGGUAUGAUGCUUGUCGGACCGCCAUUUUGAAGGGCUCCGUCAUCCGGGACCUUUACGACAACGGAAGAAGCUUCUGCGCAAGUCGCCGCUUCAAGGUGGACACGGUGAAGAACGGCCGCUGCUUCUUCUUCGACGCGAGACAAGACAAGAAUGGAGCAUCGGCUACCUGGACUUGUGGUCACGUGGGCUUCCUGUUAGCAAGUGUCUCUGUGUUGUAUCGAGCGAUAUUAUCGAAGUUCAUAUGAUGACUUUCUAGACUUUUCUUAUGAAAAACCUCCUCCACGCACAGACUUUGGAUGAGAACGCAUCCAUGCAUAAAAAAGAUGCAACGAAAAGUGAUGUAUGUCAUUGGGUAUGUGUAAAAGUUGAACUGAUUUUCUCAUUUUCUCAGAGCGAACACAAAUACUUCUUCAUUUUUACCUGUGAUUUCUUUAAAGUGAUGACGUGCAGUUUCGAAACAUUGGGUAAAUCUUGCUGAACCGAAAUGGGCCUUCUGUGAAACAUGUGAAACUCGAAUGAGGUGGUGUGACCGUGGCAGACAACGGGAUGUGAACGUUAGGUCAGGGGCCCGCAAGUCAGUGUGUGACACGUCAUCCCGCGUGUGCGGCGUCAACAAUAAUCUACCUUGAUUUAACAUUUCAUUGAUGAGUUUGUUUGUUGUAUAUCUCUAUUAAAAGUUUUGCAUCGAAGUUGUA